UUUUAUUCAUUCGGCUUGGUUUAAAGGUCUCGCAUCAGAGCCAUGCUGUUUAAAAAAGUUAUCAAUUGGUCGGUUUUGAGUUUUUGACGUCUGUUGACUAUUGUAUCUUGGAGUUGAUAUUUUUGAUCGGUGUUGUUGUAACUGUAUUUUGUUUGUUAUUGAAAUUGCUACAUUUUAUCUCUUAUCAUGACUAAAACUCGUACGAAAUUAUUUUGAUGACGACAUUACAUGGCUAAUAAACGAUAGUUGAAUUUAAAAAUACAUCAUGGAAGAAGAAAUAAGAUGUAAUGUUUGUAAAGAAUUCUACAGAGAACCCGUGCUUCUACCUUGUGGACACGCUGUGUGUCGGGUCUGUGCAGAAAAGUUGCAGGUUCACAUUCACGAUAAUGAAGGUUCAGGGUCGUCUAAUGAUUAUCAAGAAGCGGAUAAAGCAUCAGUGUCGAGUGAAACUGACAGUGGUGUGGUAUGUGGAUCAAGGCCUAAUAGUUACGCGGGAACCCCGGCUGUGCCAGCAUAUUCGUCUGCUGCAUUCAGUAUUACAUGCCCUUCGUGUAGGAAACUAGUUUACUUGGAUGACAACGGAGCUGAUGGACUCCCUCCAUUUCGCGUUAUGCGAACAAUUGUUGAACGUUUCGGGGGCGUCACUGGUGCACCGCCUGCAGAAGAAGCAUGUCAAAUGUGUGAAGGAGAACGUCGUGCAGCUGUUGUCCGUUGCGAACAGUGUUCAGUGAGAUAUUGUGCUGCAUGUCGUGAUGCCUGGCAUCCUACUCGUGGCCCAUUAGCACAACAUGAAUUACGGGCUCUAGGGACUACUUGCGCUGAUCAUGGUUUUCCUCCAGUACAAUAUUGUGUAACAUGUUUAAUUCCCAUCUGUCAACGGUGUCUUACUGAGAGACAUUCAAUACAUGAAACACAACCUUUAGCAACAGCAGCAAGGACUCAUAAGACUGAAUUAUCACAAUCCCUGCAGCAUUUAUCAGAACAGGCCAAAUCCAUGACAGACUACAUACAAAAAGUAAAAGCUUCUGGUGAAAAAAUUAAUGAAUCUUGUGAGGAAUUGGAGAAGCAAAUUGACAAUGCAUGUGCAGAACUAACUUGUGCCAUAGAAAGACGACGAGAUGAAUUAAUUCGUGCAGCACGCAGUACCAAAUCUCAGGCAAUUGCAAACAUGAGAUCUCUUACUUCGCAUGCUGCGCAGAAACUAAGAGAAGCCACUGCCCUGCUACACUUCUCUAUUGAAGCAUUAAAAGAACCAGAUCAGGCUGCAUUUCUUCAGGUGGGCAACAUUCUGUCUAUACGAGCACAAGAAACUGCUGCCAAUUUAUGUACGUCCUUGGAGCCGCCUCCGUCUCCGCCGGCGCUUAACUUGGAUAUAGAACCAGUAUUGCGUACAGUUAAAAGCAUGAAUUUUGUUGAAUGUACACCUGUUGAGAACUCAAUGAAAUUGUCAGCACCGGGCGCUCCGGAAAUGGCAGUAGAGGCUUGUGCGGCUCGCGGGUGCUCGUGCACGCUGGCCUGGAAGCCGCCGCCCGCGCCCUCCGCCGUGCGCGGAUACGUACUGGAAUUGGAUGAUGGACUCGGGGGACCGUUUCGGGAAGUGUAUUGCGGUCGGGAAACCGUCUGUACAAUCGACGGCCUCCAUUACGCGUCGCUGUACAGCGCCCGCGUUAAGGCAUUCAACGGAGCCGGCGAGGGACCCUAUAGCGAAAUAAUAGGAUUGCAAACUUCACCGGUGGCGUGGUUCACGUGGGACGCGCGGUGCAGCUCGGGCGGGGGGGGCGGCGGGGUGUCGCUGUCGGCGGACGGCGCGCGCGCGGCGGCGGCGGGCUGGCAGCCGCGCGUGGUGCUCGCCGACCAGCCGCUGGCGCGCGGCUUGCACUACUGGACGCUGCGGCUCGACGCGUACGACGGAGACGCGGACCCCGCCUUCGGCAUCGCCCGCGCCGACGUCGCCAGGGAUAAGAUGCUCGGUAGCGACGCGCUGGGCUGGGCGAUGUACAUCGACGGGUCGCGGUCGUGGUUCGUGCACGGCGGCGCGCACGGCGGGCGCACUGCGGGCGGCGUGCGGUGCGGCUCCACUGUGGGCGUGCUGCUCGACCUCACGCGCGGCACGCUGCGCUUCACCGUCGACGACCAUCCACAGGGAGACAUCGCAUUCACCGGACUGCGCGGCGCCUUCUACCCCGCGGUGUCGCUGAACCGGGGCGUGGCCGUGACGCUGCAGCCGGGCCUGCCCCCGCCCGAGCGGCUCCUCUCGCAGCUCGCCGCCGAGUGAGCCGUAGACACGUGUUCAUUGAACUGCCGAGGCCGGCGCUCUCUGACAACGCUGCGCCCACACCCUGGACCACGGGUAGAGCUGUCACUACAUUCUAUCUGCGAUGAGUUUAUCACGCUAUUUUACUAUUAGUAAAAUACCCAAAAUAGUUUUAAAGCCACUUUGAAAACAUAACGAUUAAAAUUAAUUUUCUUAACCCAGAAAAAUUAUGUAUUUAAAAUAAAGUAUAUGCUUUUUUUUUUGGAUCGACAGUUGAAUCACGAGAAUGAAAAAUAGAACAGACGAUUUUUAGGAUGUGUUACAAAAUACCCUGAUGUUUGAAAGGGGGGUUUUAUUUAUUUAACUUAUUUAUUUGUAUUUUGGGCACUAAACCUUAAUGUGUUAUAUAUUUAAAUAGUGUGUUCAAUGAACAAAUUGUAAUGAUUCCCGUAAAACAGAAAAAUAUUUGUUUCAAGGCGCCCUCUGCUCACGAAUUGAACGAUAUGGCAUUUUGAAAUUCCCAUAUCUGAGUAAUGAAAUUACAUAAAUACAAACAAUUUAAUCAUAAUAUUAAUCAAAUGGAUAGUAGUUACAUUUGAUAUAUUUGUUUUCGAGAAAUCGUUUGGGCACGCCAUGGAAUAUGAUAUUCCAUUCUCAACUUUAUGUUAAAUGUGAAUGGGUGCAUAAUGUAUUUAAUAUCACAAUUAGACAGCGCCUUUUAUAAAAUAACUAUAUAGUUCGGCUUAAAUAAUAACUAAAAACGUUCCGAGCCCCGUCCUUGAUAUAAUAUUUAACGUUGACAUUUAUUCGAAGUCAUCAAACUUGUUUCUGUACAAUAUAUUAUUACGAAUAUUCAUAGUGAGUUCGAGAAUUCAGUCUUAUUUCGGCAUACAAUAUAGUCUUAAUAAUACAAAAUAAAUGUAACGUGAAUAUUCAUAGAAUUUAAUGAAAUUAAUGCGAGUGUAGCUAGGCAUUUAUAUUAAGGAAUUUCAAAAUUAAUAUUAGCAACCAACCGCUACUAAAAAUCAAACUAGUCUUAUAUAUUCGUUGAAAUUCUUAUUGCCGUUUAUAUACUAGUGUAAAAAUAGUUUUAAAUUACUUUACACUUACAAUGAUUGGAUUAGGCAUUAACUUAUUUUAAAUUAUUUAUUAAUUAAGUAUUACACUGUGCCAGAUAACAUUAUGUUAAAAUUUAAUGGUUCUAGUGUUUUAAACAUAUUUUUUUUCUAUAAAUUAAUACUUAAAUAAGAAAAUAUUUUAAGCGACGAGACUGUCAUUAAUUAUCAAUAGUUUAAUAUUUAAUUACAUUACUUUUUAUUCUAAAUAUAAAGCACACGUCUUAAGCCAAGAUUGAUUAAUGUUGUCUUAAUAGUAUAUUAUUAAUAUUUAAUUACAGAAUACAUUACUAAAUUGUAAGAAUACGAAAGAAAACCUGGCAGUCUUAUCGCUAAACGUUCAGACAGGUUAUAAGCGUAAAAUAAUAAUUAAAUCUUGGAAAUAAGUUUGUAGAUUACUGUACUCUUUAAUUUCCAAUAUUAGUUUUAUAGCUUUGGUAUAAUUAGUCCGUACUUAAACUUAACGUAAUUAAUAAUAUUAUGAAAGAUCAAAUACUUUUAAAUUUGUAUUCAUAAUAAUCAUGUUAUAAUUAAAUAAUUAUUAACAACAUAAUCGGUCAAACAGGCUUAAAAAUGUAUAUUAAUCGUUAUUUGUACUUAAACGUUGUGCGUGUGUUGGUUAAAAUUUUCUUUAAAUUGAUUCUACAUAGAGCUCUUAAUCGUACUAAAUAGAUAACUUUUAUAUUGGACUAAUGUACACCGUCCUUGAAUGUAUAAAUUUGAAAGGUUUUUUUUCUUUGUCAUUUUGACAGCUUUCACGGCCGACAUCUUUAUAUUCAACGGUAAAUUCGUUUCGUUGUGUGUUUUUUUCCUUACUGUCGAAGUCGUCUUCUUUUUUUACUUGAAUUUGCUUAAUAAUUAGUGUCAGAAGUGCAAGCUGCUACUGCAGGAAGCAGAGAAACAUAUCAACUGAUUGCUGAUUUAAUGAUUACAUGAAAUUAUUG